GUGUCAAUAGACACUUAAUAUUUAGCACUUUUAUGAGGUUUUGAUGCAUGGAUUGUGUGAAAGUAGCCAAGCUGACAAAGCAAGGGCAUUGCUAAGCAAAGUGGUCAGCCUAAAUGUUGUACACUUCAACAUGUUGAUGGAUGGAUAUGUUGCCAGUGGAAGGCUUGAUGAAGCUUGGGAUUUUCUGUGGAAUAUUAUGUCAAAGGUUGGAUGUAAGUCUGAUAUUUUUACAUAUAACGUACUGAUUCAUGGACUUUGCAAGGGAGGAUAUCUAGGUUCAACUCUUGAAUUGGUCAAUGAGAUGAUAGAUAUGGGCUACAAUCCUAAUGUUUUCACUUACACGAUUUUGAUCAAUGGUUACUGCAAGGAGGGGCAACUUGAGGAGGAUGGCAGUAUUUUAAAUGAAAUGUCUUAUAAAGGAAUCAGUCUGAAUACGGUAGGAUACAAUUCCCUAACAAGUACACUAUGCAAGAAUAGGAAGGUGAAUGAAAUGGAAGAGCCCUUAACAGUGUAUCAUGAUAUGUUGGUUGAGGGUGUUGUUGCCAACACAGUGACAUACAACACACUAAUUCAUGCUUUUCUGUGGACUGGUGCCAUUCAGGAGGCACUCAAGCAAGCUUGUUAAAGAUAUGUUAUUUAGAGGAUACCCUCUGGAUGAGAUCACCUAUAAUGGCCUAAUUAGGGCACUCUGUAGAGCUGGGGUCUUGGAUAAAGGAUGAGGGUUGUUUGAAGAAAUGUUGACGAAGGGACUUGUUCCGAACCAUGUUUCCUGUAAUAUUGUGAUCAAUGGCCUCUGCUGCUCCAGGAGAAUGAAUAAUGCACUUGAGU